AUGAAUCUAGUCCCUUGUUCAACACGACAAUAUUAUUUUUGCGUAGUAGUAGAGCAAGAAGUCGACAUUGAGGAUGCUACAUAUAUAUAUUCGAACUACGAGACUCGUUGUCCUCGAGCAGUCGACAUUGAGGAUGCUACAGAUAUUAUAGCACGUGUUCGGUUGAUCAUGGCGCUAUGCAGGUUAAUUGAGCCCUCAUCUGCUCGUUCACCGCUUUGCUAUCCUUAUCUGUGCGUCUGUGAAAUGUUUGCUUUCUCUGCGCCCACCUAAGCUGGUGCGUCGAACACUUUGAU